AUGGCAGCAUUUGGGGCCGGCGAUGCCUUCAUGGAUGAUGUUCGUGCGGCCCAGACUCAGAUUCGCAGCUUGCUUGGAGCGGAUGAUGAUGUCAGUGGCAGUGAAUGGUUCGACGGUGGCAUGAGCGAGAGAACAGCCGCGUCACACUUCUCCCAGGCCGCCAGGCUUUCGAGUGGCGUUGGCAUCAUCGGCCGCGAUGUUCAUGCCACUGUUGGAUCUCGAGUCGUCGUGGUGGAUCCAAGCUUGGAGCUCGUGGAGCCAACUGGAACGAUUGUGGAAGUGCGCUGUGAUGGUGGCCGAGUGAAAGUUCAACACGACAGUGUCGACAAAGCGGAAAGGUACUACAGCACAGGCAAAGAUGGCCACUUUCAGCUCGGCGUCCUGGGUUCAGACGACCAGAGGCCUCGCUUCUCGCUGCCGCCCCCUCCUUCCAAGGUCGAAGCGAGACCAGAGGUAUCGAGUGCCCUGCCCGCUGCAGCACAGCGGCGGCCGCGAUACUCGGAAGUCCGGAGGAGCAUGUGUGGUCCGAGACGGGUAGGGAAUUCUCAGACAGCAGACUCCAGCCGCACCGCUGAUGCUGGCGUUGAUGAACCGGCUGCGCUGUCUAGGAGCCAUAGUGUGGCAAGUGUCCAGACAUUUCAGACAGCACAGACGACAGCAGAAGCGGCGCAAGUUGCGUUCGACUCCUCGAGCCGUGCUUCCUCCCGGCCACGGUACUCGGAGCUUCGCAAGGCACGGGCGUCGGCCGUCCUUGCCGGACAGAGCGCCGAAGCCGUGGACCGAAUGGAGGCCCGGCGGAGGUGCCUCGCCGAAGGGGUGUUGCUUAUGAGGACUCCAGAGUUGAUGGGCGAGAGGUAUUCCGAGCAGCGCCGUGCCUCACGCAGCCCAGCAAGACCGGAUGUCAGACAGUGCGGAAUGGACACCGAGGAGGGACCAGCAGAGGGGACGACAGCGUGUCGUUCAAGUUGUCCUCCCUCCAAUCCGGCUGGGCCAACAGCAGAAGAGUUCUCACAGCUCUGCCGGCGUUUGGAGACUCUCGAGCGUGAUACGGCUUCGCUUGCGAGCCAACUGCAGAGCUUCCGGGAAGAAAGCCUUGCGGACCUGAAGGGGGUGCGGGAUCAAGGCCGCCAACAGGCUGAGGCUUAUGAGCGACAUUGGCGUGAUGAGACGCGAAGGCACCUCGAGGCCUGUGAGGAGCACCUUCGCCAGCGCUUCCGAGAAGAGAAUCGGCAGCAACUGGAAGCCACGGAGCACCGGAUCUUCAAGAAUGUGAUGCAGGAGUUUGAGGGCCAGCUCCGUGGGGCUGUGGCCAAGCUCUGCGCGCCACAGUCCCCGCAGUCGCAGUUCGAAGCGGAGGAGCCAGAGCAGGAGUACGAGAUGCCCGGCCCAGAGGAAACCAUCCGAGUCGAGAAGAAGGUCUUCGACAUCUCGCGGGCCGAGCUGGCUGACUCCGAGCUCAGCUUGCAGACUAUCGGCUCCAUCGCUCGACGGGUAUCCGCAUCUCUGGGAGGAGAGAGCAGAUCCGCGGCAAGUUCCAGCACACCCCAAAGAGACGCUGCCGAGAAGCGUGCUCUUCAGCAAACGCACAGGCUUCCGUCGAGCCGGAACGACCGAAGCCCGCGGACCGAACCCAGCUUCGAGCAGUUGGAGCAGGAGAUGGAGAGGCUUGCAGAUAUGAGGCGCUAUGCAUCACAAGUGCUCGGGGCGAAGUCGCAGGAGCUGACAGGCUCUCGAGUGGUGCCAGGGUCAGCUUCGCAGCCCUUCGACGCGUGGCAAGCCGCAGAGGAGAGCCUCAGCCGGGAGAUCAAGGAGGUGCCCGCGCGGCGCCGGACCAUGCCGGCCGCUGCUCCAUCUCCGACGUUUGGCCGCCCCGAAACUCCUGGGCGGACCACCAGCGCCGAGCGGUGGAAGCGCAGAUCUUCCGUUCAGCCCGAAGGGGCUCAGGCUCCCGCCUGCCCAUGGGAGGAGGAGCAGCAGCUCCCUGCCUCACGAGUUCAAUGGCCGGCUGAUUGGCAGGUGGACAGUCAAGGCAGCUGCGAGGCCCGGAUCGUUGCUCAGCAGCUGUCUGUGCUGAAAGCACAGCUUAUGUCGCGAAUGAGCCAGUUCCAGUUGCAGAACGUGAUGAACACCACCUGGGCCUUUGCUAAGCUCAGCUGUGCCGAUGCCGACCUCAUGGCACUCGACUCGGCUUGGAAGCCCGUAUGCAGCCGGCGCAACUCCAGCAUGUCUGCCAUCUAUGAGAACCUGAGGCAGCUCAUCACCGUGGUAGAUGAGCUGCGAGAUGUGGGCCUGCAGCACUACAUCAGCCUUCCUCGGAUAGCUGCAAUCGGGACUCAGAGCAGUGGAAAGAGUUCUCUCAUUGAGUCCAUCGUUGGCCUGGACUUUCUGCCGCGUGGAGGGGGGGUUGUCACACGACGCCCUCUGGAGUUGCGCCUUGUGCACUUGAACUCGCAGGAGUACGCGGAAGACAAGGCUUGGGCUGUCUUUGACAAGGUCGGAGAUAAGAAGUUCACCAACUUUGACGAGGUCAGGCAAGAGAUCGAGCGCCAGACGGAUCAAGUCGCAGGCUCGAACAAGGGGAUCGUCAAUGACCCCAUCAUCCUCACGAUCUAUGCCACAGGGGCACCGGACCUGACACUGAUUGAUUUGCCGGGGGUUACCAGAGUGCCGGUCAAGGGCAGUGACCAGAAAGAGGAUGUUGAGAAGCUGACGAAGGACAUGACGCUUCACUACAUCAACGAUCCUCGCACGAUUGUCCUGGCAGUGCUGCCAGCCAAUCAGGACAUGUCCGUUUCGGACAGUCUCCAGCUGGCCCGUCAGGUAGACCCACAGGGCCUGAGAUCUAUCGGCGUCAUCACCAAGAUCGACAUCAUGGAUCAAGGAACGGAUGCGGCAACCAUGCUAAGAGGUGAGGAUGUGCCUCUACGCCUUGGCUAUGUCGGGGUAAAGAUGCGUAGCCAGCAAGACAUUGUGAACAAGAAGCCAGUCAAGGAUUCCCUUAAAGACGAGAAAGAGUGGUUUGACAAUCACCGCAUCUACAGCAAGCUGCCGCCAGGCAUGAUCGGGACCCCCGUCUUGAUCGACAAACUGACGCAGAUUCUCUUCAAGCAUAUUCGAAGGUUUCUGCCCGAAAUCAAGAAAGAGAUCAACGAAAAGCGGAGAUCUGUCCAAGAUCGCUUGGACGAACUUGGAGAGGGAGUGCCGCUUGAAACCGCAGAGAGGGUCCAGGUGAUGUGGACUUUGGUCACAGACUAUUGUGAGAUGUUCAAGAACACCAUCAGAGGCAAGUAUGACCGCAAGCUGCAGCGAUACAUGUGCAACCUCACCGGGGGUGGUGCACAGGGAGGUUCGGGUGGCGCGAAGAUUCGCAGCAUCAUGAACGAUUUUCUGAUAGACUUCAUGGAGACAAAGAUCACGGCUGACAUGUCCGAUGACGACAUUGACAAGGCAAUUCGCCUGCAUGAGGGCGAUGCAUUGCCAGGAUUUCCAUCGCCAGACACCUUCGAGUUCUUGGCUCUGCCACACCUGCAAAAGCUCGCGAUUCCGUCCGUGGAAUGCGUGCACAACAUUUCCGCAGCACUGGAUGUACUGUCGCAGCGCAUGGCACAUGCAGUUUUUCGCCGGUUCCCCAAGAUGGCAGAGUCUGUCUUGAACCUGACACAGAACAUCAUUCAAGAGCAGAAGGAUGAGACUCGCCGGAUUGUGGAAGAGCAGAUUGCAUGCUCCAUUGGCUACCUCUUCACAAACGAUCCGAGCUACCUGACCAACCAUGGCUCCAUGGAGCCUAUGUACGAGCAACAGCAGCAGAAGCCACCGCCUCCAGUUGAGGAGGAAAAGAAAGAGCCGGGAAUGGCAGACAAAAUGAAAGACGCUACGAAGCAGGGGUAUCAAAGUGUGAGCAGCACAGUUAGCUCCAUGCUGAGGAAGACCGAGGCCCAAAGAAAGCAGCAGCGGUACAGCGGGCCUUUCGUUGCUGAGAUUCGAAAGCGGUUGGAUUCCUACUUCGAGCUUACGGUGAGAAACAUCAGAGAUUCCAUUCCAAAGGCGAUUGGCUUCUACCUCGUCAGGGCGGUGCAGGACAAGCUGCAGUUUGAGCUUCUGAAUGCCUUGAAUCACCCGGACAAGUUGUCCGAGCUCCUCGGAGAGCCUCCCCACAUAGUUGAAGAGAGGCGCACAUUGAACAACCAGCUGCAGGUCUUGAUGAAAGCAAGCUCCGUCUUGACGAGAGACCCAACUCUCGCAGCCAUCGCCUUUGAGGCAGAGGACGAGGCAGCGUCCAGCCCCACAGCCCCCUCUCCCGCUCCCCCCAAACCCAUGCCAGCUGCAGCCGCAGGCGCAGGCCCUGCAGUACCCGUCUCCACCAUGCCCUCGAUGCCCUCUGCCAAGCCGGCUGUCUCAGUUCCGGCCCCAGCCCCGAAGCCAGCAGGAGCCACGAGCCUCUUUGGUGCUGGGUCUGCGCCACCGCGAUCGUCGCUUUUUGAGGCUCGCUUCACGUCUGAGCUGCCCCGCCGCGAUCUGGCAGCUGGUGACCUCACGGUUGCAGCAUGGUGCUGUGCUAGCGCGGAGCACCUCAACGAGCACUUCCUCCAGAAGCUGGCGAAGGAUAUCCUCAUGAAGCUCCCGAACAUGGGAUACCAGGACUUGGCCAAUGUCUCCUGGGCCUUUGCGAAGCUCAGCGUUCAAAACGAUGAGUUGUUCGAGGCCGUAGCCAAGGAGGUCGUGAGGAAACUCCCAGAGUUUGAGCCGCAGAACCUGGCCAUCACAGCAUGGGCUUUUGCCACCUUGGCCCGCACAGAGGAGAGUAUGUUCCAGGCAAUUGCAGCCGAGUCUCAACGAAAGAUCGCCAGAUUCGAUCCGCAGUGCUGCGCGAACCUCCUCUACGCUUUCGGGAAGCUUGCGGUGCAGGAUGAGAAGCUCUUGGAAAUGGUGGUGAGUCGUGUCGAGAAGACUGCGGAUAGGUUCAAGAUGCUGGAACUGUGCAAUGCUGCCUGGGGGAUUUCAAAGAUGUCUUUUCCAGUGGAUAAGAUCGACAAGGGUAUGCAGGCCGGACUCAGCAUUCCGAUUUGA